AUGAGUAAAAAACAAAAAGAAGAUUACAUCAGAAAAAUAUGGACUGACCCCAGUCAUCCUGCAGCAUUUGCCGGUCCUGAUAAACUUUAUAAAAUAAUUCAAAAAGAUGGGAAGUUUGACAUAGGUCGGGGCAGCGUUAAAAGAAUUUUAGCCAAAAUAGAUACUUAUAGUGUUCAGAGACCUACUAGAAAAAAGUUUAAAAGAAAUAGGGUAAUCGUGUCUGGUAUCGAUGCGCAAUGGGACGGUGACCUCGCAUCCAUGGAAAAUGUAUCGAAAUACAAUAAAUACAAAUUUUUACUGAUACUGAUAGAUAUAUUUUCCAGGUAUCUAAUAGUCAGACCGUUAAAGGAUAAAAAAAGCACUACAGUUGCAACGGCAUUACAAUCUAUUUUUAAUCAAAGUAACAGAAGACCAUCAACUAUUCGUUUCGAUCAGGGAGGAGAGUUCAAAGCGAGUGUAAAACAAUAUUUGAAGAAAACAGGGAUUCAUGUUUUUUACACCCAUAACUCUCAGAUAAAGAGUAACUAUGCGGAAAGAGUUAUCAGAACGUUAAAAAAUCGUAUAUAUUCCUAUUUCAUGGAAAACCAAACGUACAAAUAUAUAGAUGUACUUCAGGAUCUGGUAACUAGUUAUAAUAAUACUCCACAUCAGUCGUUAGGAGGUGCAACACCAACUUCGGUGACGAAAAAAAAUGAGGAUGAAAUUCGGUACGUCCAAUACCUAGCAAGGCAAAAAAAUAAAAAACCAAAGAAAACGACAGAGCAAAAAAACCAAAAACCAAUAAAAAUGACAAAAUCCAAGAAGAAGAAACGACCUUUCUAUAAAUUUAAUUUGGGUGAUCACGUCAGAGUUUCUCAACUAAAAAGAGUAUUCGAGAAAGGAUAUCAGGAAAAUUGGACAUUGGAAUAUUUUACGAUUUCAAAAAGAUUUAAAAGAGAUAAUCUUGACAUUUAUGUUUUAUUUGAUGCCUUAGGUGAUAGAAUUGAAGGAACAUUUUACCGAAAUGAACUUCAGAAAAUAGAAAAAUCUGAUACUGAACUAUAUAAAAUUGAAAAAAUUACCAAGAAAAGAAAGAUAGCGGGGAAGGACCAAGUUUUAGUUAAAUGGUUGGGAUGGCCUUCUAAAUUUAACUCGUGGGUAUCCAAGGAUGAAGUAAAAGAAUUCAAAUAG